AAGUGACUUGUCACUUUACACCUCUUUACACUCACCGACUAAGGUUUCUUCGGUGAGUCCAUUUUGCAGUAGCUCAUUGACCCCACAGUGGACAGUUCAACGUUGAAAUAUUACUAGUAGCAUAUACAUUUCCUUAUUCGACUUGACCUUCGUAACUUGGACUAGCAUCUCACCUUUAUGUAUAACCAAGAUUGUGCCCCAAUCGAAGCCAGCAGUAGUCUUCAAUAAGGAUCGUGUCAUUUUGUGGUAUAAUAGAUUUCGAGUGCUCUUCCUCUCAUCUUUUCCACACACCAGUUAGUCUCAUUUACCAUCACUGAUGUACUCCUAUGCAGCCCCCCUCGUCACUUGGCUCCUUUUCACUGUUUUUGCAAACGCUCUGGUCGAAAACAGUGAAGCUGGAUGUUAUGAUUGCGAUACCGACAGCGGAUCACAUCUCAGCUUGGUUCAUGACAGAACCGGAUGGCCCGACGCCGCAGAUGGCGAUGUUGAACACUGUAUCGGUGGUUCUGACUGGUCUAACUACAAGAAGGCUCCUCCCCAUAAGUUUUACCCUUAUUCUGCACACACCUUGUUCCGCUUACCCGUCGACUCUGAAAUGCUGUACUUGAUAACUCGCGGUGGUACGAAUAUUGGCACCGUCACCCUUGUGAGCUCAGAUACCGUCAGAAGUACAGUCAACGUCCGUGUACAUGUGGGUUACCACAAACGGCGGGCGUUGAAUCGUGCAAAUGUCUGUCUGCUGAGCAAAGAGCAUGACACUCAAGGCAUCGGCAUUUAUACACCCGCCAGAUGGUUUCCUUCUAAGGAGGAGGGCCGCAUGCAUUUUGACGUCACAGUGGUAUUUCCCGCUACCCAUGAUGGCAGUCCCCUGUGGAUCGAGAAUUUUCAAAGCACUUUAUCUCACUACUCCUUCAAAAUUAAGGAUAUAGAGGACUCGGUUUACUUCCACAGUAUCAAUGUGCAGGCUAAUGAUGCAGGCAUCAAUUCAGAUUCCAUCUUCGCAUUUCACGCCACGUUCAGGUCAACUCAAGCCUUUAUCAGGGGUGCCUUUAAAGCUACUCAUUUAGUUCUCACAACAACCAAGGGACCCAUUGAGGCUCAAGUAGACCAUCCGAGUAAGGGCCCAUAUCUAACUGGAGUAUCUUUGGAGACAAAUGAAGAUUCCAUGCAAUCAACCCUUUAUGAUAAUGCCAACGGCGGCGGCCCCUUCAGCGUUGAAGCCAGGACCUUUGAUGGCCCCAUCACCAUUUCUUAUACGAAUACCCCAACUAACUCUAUCCAACAACUUGUCGCCGUUACCAGGGGUUCGCCUGUCAAGGUAACAAUGAGCAGUGCAUACGAAGGCGCUUUUAGUCUCCAGAACACUAGGAAUAACCCUAUUCGUGUGAUAGAAAGUGAUGCAGAGGAUCCUUCAGGAAGAGGAAGGGAGCGGGUCCUGCGCAAAUACUCACGGGACAGGAAUCAUAUGAAAGGCACAGUGUAUUGGAGUCCUCGCGGACCGGGCUGGAGGGAAAGUAAAAUCUUAAUCGAGACGGACAGGGCACCCAUCCGGCUGACCAUAUAAGUGGUAAGAUGCCAGUGGGUCCCAGUCCAUUGUCAAUUUGCAAAGUUACUGUCUCAAAUUCUUGAUCUGUCUUGUUUACUGUUCUAUUCGUCAAAGAAAA